CUGGACAAUUACAAGAUGAUCUCAGGACGUGUUUAGAAAAGCCUUUUGAAUAGAUAUAACAGUAUUGAUUGUUACGUAUCCAAGUGUGCACAUGGGGAAAUCCUCAUCAGAUGCAUUCGCAUCCAAGCCGUACCAGGGCGUGAGAGUCAAAGACCCUGUCAAGGAGCUGCUUCGCAGAAAGCGAGGAAACGGAACAAAACCGGCCGCCCUCACCACCACAAUGAUGGUUCCCAACAACACUUUGCCGUCAUACACACAUGGUGGGACUUUCACAGAAGUCAAUCAGACUGGCCUCAAUGAUUCAGUGAUGGAUGUCGGGGGGCUCUGCACUGGAUGGAUCGCCCAGACCACCAGCACGACUGCUCUCCAGCCUCUAAGUCACUGGUCUCCACCAGACUGCUUACAGCAUGACCCCACCCUCCCCUCCCACACGGCUGAUAUGUACGUUCAGCCGAUCUGUCCCAGUUACACCGUGGUGGGCCCUUCCUCCAUGUUGACUUUAGCACACACGCCUCUCUUCACCAACCUUGGGGCCGUGAGCACCUCCAACUCAUCUCUGCCUCAGGUGGAGGUCCCAGACCUGACUUACAUUCCAUGGGCCCAGUCUUUAUCCACGAUCUCUUGCCCCGUCAUGCAGGCACCGUCAAUGCCAACGGCACUAUCUGGCCCCCAGCUCUUACCUGUGCCCUUGACUUUGCCUGUAUUCUCACCAGAACCAGCGCAGGUAAAGCCUCUGCAGGCCCCUGAGGGGUCUCUAGCCCUUGAGAAACUGCUGGAAGAAGAUGAGGACCACAAAGAAACCUACAUCUGCAACCCCUCACUGUUUUCAGAGGAUAUUUAGGAUAUAUAUGCAUUAGCAUUUGUCCAGCUUCUCUUUGAAUUUAGGGCAAGUAUAGAACAACAGUUGGGCAGUUGUUUAAGAUAGUUUAAGAUGUCUUUUUAGCUGUUUUUGUUUAGCUGCAAAUAUAAAAUCAUGCUAUCUUAUAUAGCCUAUCAUCAUAGCAGAUCAUCUUUAGCAUUUACAAAUCAGUAGGUGCACACCACUAUUUACUAGGAAAAACCUGUAACUUAUCCUCUCAAAAGUAAAUAUUUAUAUCAAUGAGUUUCUUAAAAGCAACCUGUGUUAUUAGCAACAUGUAGUUUUAUCUAACAAUGGCCCUUUAAACUCUUAAAGACUUAUGUAAUAAAUUAAGAUGUUUUCUGAGCAUAUGCUGGUUGACAAAUAAACCGUACCACGCAAAAAUUUAGAAAACAAACUUUUAAUUUAUUAUUUUAUAUUAUUAAUAUUAAUAUAUACAAUCCUAGUGUAUUUAAACCCUAGUGUUUCCUUUGUUUGGUGUCGGUCUUUCUGUAACGAUUGGUAGAGUAAUCCAAGCUGAGAAGCGGAUCCAAGUGCAGUAUUUUAAUGACAACCAGAAGACAAAACAACCCAAGAGAAUCCACAGAAUGAAGGCAGGACAAAACAACGCAAGAGAAUCCACAGAAUGAAGGCAGGACAAAACAUAGCAUGAAACAAAGACCGACACCAAACAAAGGAAACACUAGGGUUUAAAUACACUAGGAUAACAAGCGGCAAACAAGGAACACCUGACAAUAAUUAACACAAAAACUACAAAGGACUACAAACAUGGCACACAACAGGAAAUAACAUAAAAGUCCAGAACAACAUGGGAACACAGACUAGGAUCGUGACAGACACAUGUGCAGUUUAUUUGUCAACUAUGCCCGCAUACAGUAGUGGCCAGAAGUAAUGUCCAGGGGGAAUUAGGGCUGUCAAACGAUUAAUCGCGAUUAAUCGCAUCCAGAAUAAAAGUUUGGGACAACAUAAUAUAUGUCUGUGUACUGUGCAUUUUAAUUUUGUAUUUAUAAAAACAUACGCAUUUAUUUAAGAAAAAAUUAAUAUUGAUAAACAUUUACAUAUAAUUUAAAUUAUUGGCAAAUAUAUAUAAAUACAUGUAAACAUUUUAUAAAUAUAUACAUGUUGUGUACAAAUUAAUAUGCACAGUACACAGACAUACAUUAUAUAAACACAGACUUUUAUUCUGGAUGCGAUUAAGCGCUAUUAAUCAUUUGACAGCCCUACGGGGAAUAUUUGCUUUUAAUACCCCCCAGGUUAGAUAAAACCUUCAAAAUAUAAGGACAAAACAUGAGACAUAAGGUAUUUCAAACCACAGCAUAUCAAGAAAUAUUCAAAGUAGCUGUUCAUCCUCUCUUGUGGUAUUGUCUUUGCACAUGUUGUGUGUAAUUUGCCAAGCAUUCUUACAUUCCUCUCAAAGCUGAGCUUUGGUUUAUACUCUAAACAAACCCAUAUGCAACAUGCAUACAAUUUUUAUAUACAUAUUUGAUAAAAUAUUUAAAUAAAGAUCAAAGAUGACAACUGUUCAAAGUUGGAUAUCACUUUUGGUCACUACCGAUUUUUAAUCAUACGGGUAUUCUCUCAACAGGUAUUGUUCUGGCUUUUGUUGAAACUAGUAACUUGGUAUUAGCACCAAUUGCAUUAUUGCUCCUGCAUGACAUGUUGCUUUAUUGCUCCCUGAAAUCUCUGUAAGUCGCUUUGGAUAAAAGCGUCUACUAAAUGUAAAUGUAAUCAGCAUGACAAAAUACUUUAUUGGAAACAGGAGAUAACUGUAUUGAAGAUAAGGUUGAAUAAGUGUAACCGGUCCCACUUGCACCGCUCUGCACGGGCCUCGAACCGGCGUCGGUCCGGAUGGGAGACGGGCGCUCUAACGAGGAGGCUAAAGACCGCAGUCUCUAGCGUCUGUCGCUAGAGCGUCUCUGUUGGUCGGGGAGUGAGGUUUACUCACUGCGCAGCUCUUCACUAGCUGGCCUCCGUUACAUGAGCAGCUUUGAGAAUUUUAGCUGUGAUCUGAGAAAUGCUCCAACGCAACUAAAGAAGAAAUAUAAACAAAAUUACAAACAAAAACAUGAUUUGUUAUGCUAAAUAAAUGUUAAUUCUAACUCUAUCAAGCUAGUUAAAAUGAAAAUUCUGUCAUUCUAAAAAUAAAAUAAAUAUUCUGUUAUCAUUUACUCACCCUCUUGCCAUUUCAAACCCGUUUGAAUUUCUUGCUUCCUCAGAACACAAAAGAAUAUAUUAUGAAGGUAGUUGGUAACUGAACAGUGCUGGCACCUCUAUUGUACGGACACAAAACCAAUGCAAGGGAAUGGGUGCCAGUUACCAACAUUCUUCAAAAUAUAUUAUUUUGUGUUUCGCAGAAAAAAGGAAAAUCAUAUAGGUUUGAAAUGACAAGUGGAAGAGUAAAUUGGGUGAAUUAUCACUUUAAUUGCUGCUCUUACUUGUGUACAGUUCAUGAAAACGUCAGUCAGAAAGCCACCAGUUUUCUGAAUGUUGUAGAAAUCCCCUAUGCAUGUUAUCAUUUAUUUGUGUCCUUUACCUGUAUAG